AUGCAUAUUACCUCCAACGUAGCAGUAUCCCUGGACAACAGAAGCCAAACAAGCAAGACCGAGAAUAACCACAUGCAUAUUACCUCCAACGUAGCAGUAUCCCUGGACAACAGAAGCCAAACAAGCAAGACCGAGAAUAACCACAUGCAUAUUACCUCCAACGUAGCAGUAUCCCUGGACAACAGGAGCCAAACAAGCAGGACCGAGAAUAACCACAUGCAUAUUACCUCCAACGUAGCAGUAUCCCUGGACAACAGAAGCCAAACAAGCAAGACCGAGAAUAACCACAUGCAACGUAGCAGUAUCCCUGGACAACAGGAGCCAAGCAAGGCCCAUUUUCAAAUGAUUCCUGGUCUGGAGCUGGACUCUGGCCUUAUACAGCAGAACAUCGCCCUAUUGCAGCGGCAGAGGCCAGUUGAUGUUGCCGAUGAUCUCACAGAGAAGGAAGGGCGUCACCUGGUAUUCCGACAAAAGCCACGUAAAGCCUCGAUCAUCAACAUGCCUGUGAUAACCACCCUGUAUUACUGCUGUAUGUACCACUAUGAGGAACCCGAUAACCUCUUUGGGAGCCCUGUAGCUAUCCGGAAAGAACAUCAGUUGACGGAAAAGCAGUUUGUGUGGACGGCAAUGCGAGCACGUGCAAGUCUACAUAAGUGGCAGGAUAUUGAUGCCCUUUUCACAACUAAGGGUUGGUUUGGAGGCACCAAGAUGAAGAGUGUGAUAGGAUUUCACCCGGUUACCAGCACACUCCACAGAAAUGGUGCCCCUCCUGAGGUUUUAGGCAAGUACCUGAUGUUGAUAGAUGAUGUUGAUAGGAGACUGGAACAGGCACACAAACUGCAAUGUCCUGAUGCAGUAAUUGAGACAUACCAGGUGCAAAGGAACCGUGCAGCCUUAGAACAAUAUUUCCACAAGCUGAAGCCCCAAUCCCGGGAAUGGUUUGUGGCCGGCGGAGUCCUUAAAGAUCAGAAUAUAAAAUGGAAGGCAUGAUUUGAUGAUGGUCGAGGGCAGUGUUACUGGCGGUCUGUGAUGAUAACGGCUCAACCAUUCCAGGAAAAAUAUUAUUGCAAUGAUUGUUAAAUCAAUCAGUCACAUUCAUCUGCUAAUGUGGCCAAAUAACCGGAGUUAGAAAGCUUUGUUAUAUUCUUUGGGGAUUGAGUAUCUGUUCCAAAUGUCGAGCUUUUUUUUUCUGCAUCGCAAUGUUUUACCUUGUUGGAAAAUGCUCUUGUCAUAAUUUGUUGGUUCAGUCAAACUUUGACUCUGCAGUGCGACCCUAGUGCACUAACUGGAAACGUGGACAUGGAAAUACGCUCAACAAAAUUAAUUAAGGAUCAAUUAUAUAAUUUUUGAAAUAUUUAUAAAGAGCAUUAACAACUGACAUCUGACAAAGGUCUAUUGGGAUGUGGCUUACAGAAAUAUGUGUCAAAAAAAUUUAAGGGUACAAGUGUUACCUGGUAAAUGUGAAACUGAAUGUAAAACUGAAUGUGAAACUGCAUUUGAAAAACAGUUGUUUAAAUAAGUGACCCUUAAUUAAUUGAUUGAGUGUAGUAGGCGCUUCAUGAGUUCUUGCAUCCGGUUUUUGUGCUGUUUUUAUAACAUAUUGGUUUGUGUAAACAAGCUUAUGUUUUAUCAACAAUAAACGUAGAGCAAUUGAGUUGGAAGGAUGAUUACAGGCAGUGAUGUAUUUGGUUGGAAGGAUGAUUACAGGCAGUGCUGUAUUUGGUUGGAAGGAUGAUUACAGGCAGUGCUAUAUUUGGUUGGAAGGAUGAUUACAGGCAGUGCUGUAUUUGGUUGGAAGGAUGAUUACAGGCAGUGAUGUAUUUGGUUGGAAGGAUGAUUACAGGCAGUGCUAUAUUUGGUUGGAAGGAUGAUUACAGGCAGUGCUAUAUUUGGUUGGAAGGAUGAUUACAGGCAGUGAUGUAUUUGGUUGGAAGGAUGAUUACAGGCAGUGCUGUAUUUGGUUGGAAGGAUGAUUACAGGCAGUGAUGUAUUUGGUUGGAAGGAUGAUUACAGGCAGUGCUAUAUUUGGUUGGAAGGAUGAUUACAGGCAGUGCUAUAUUUGGUUGGAAGGAUGAUUACAGGCAGUGAUGUAUUUGGUUGGAAGGAUGAUUACAGGCAGUGCUGUAUUUGGUUGGAAGGAUGAUUACAGGUAGUGAUAUAUUUGGUUGGAAGGAUGAUUACAGGCAGUGAUGUAUUUGGUUGGAAGGAUGAUUACAGGCAGUGAUGUAUUUGGUUGGAAGGAUGAUUACAGGCAGUGAUGUAUUUGGUUGGAAGGAUGAUUACAGGCAGUGAUGUAUUUGGUUGGAAGGAUGAUUACAGGCAGUGCUAUAUUUGGUUGGAAGGAUGAUUACAGGCAGUGCUAUAUUUGGUUGGAAGGAUGAUUACAGGCAGUGUGUAUUUGGUUGGAAGGAUGAUUACAGGCAGUGAUGUAUUUGGUUGGAAGGAUGAUUACAGGCAGUGUGUAUUUGGUUGGAAGGAUGAUUACAGGCAGUGAUGUAUUUGGUUGGAAGGAUGAUUACAGGCAGUGCUAUAUUUGGUUGGAAGGAUGAUUACAGGCAGUGCUGUAUUUGGUUGGAAGGAUGAUUACAGGCAGUGAUGUAUUUGGUUGGAAGGAUGAUUACAGGCAGUGAUGUAUUUGGUUGGAAGGAUGAUUACAGGCAGUGCUGUAUUUGGUUGGAAGGAUGAUUACAGGCAGUGCUGUAUUUGGUUGGAAGGAUGAUUACAGGCAGUGAUGUAUUUGGUUGGAAGGAUGAUUACAGGCAGUGAUGUAUUUGGUUGGAAGGAUGAUUACAGGCAGUGCUAUAUUUGGUUGGAAGGAUGAUUACAGGCAGUGAUGUAUUUGGUUGGAAGGAUGAUUACAGGCAGUGAUGUAUUUGGUUGGAAGGAUGAUUACAGGCAGUGAUGUAUUUGGUUGGAAGGAUGAUUACAGGCAGUGUGUAUUUGGUUGGAAGGAUGAUUACAGGCAGUGCUAUAUUUGGUUGGAAGGAUGAUUACAGGCAGUGCUAUAUUUGGUUGGAAGGAUGAUUACAGGCAGUGAUGUAUUUGGUUGGAAGGAUGAUUACAGGCAGUGCUAUAUUUGGUUGGAAGGAUGAUUACAGGCAGUGAUGUAUUUGGUUGGAAGGAUGAUUACAGGCAGUGCUGUAUUUGGUUGGAAGGAUGAUUACAGGCAGUGCUAUAUUUGGUUGGAAGGAUGAUUACAGGCAGUGAUGUAUUUGGUUGGAAGGAUGAUUACAGGCAGUGCUAUAUUUGGUUGGAAGGAUGAUUACAGGCAGUGAUGUAUUUGGUUGGAAGGAUGAUUACAGGCAGUGCUAUAUUUGGUUGGAAGGAUGAUUACAGGCAGUGCUAUAUUUGGUUGGAAGGAUGAUUACAGGCAGUGAUGUAUUUGGUUGGAAGGAUGAUUACAGGCAGUGAUGUAUUUGGUUGGAAGGAUGAUUACAGGCAGUGAUGUAUUUGGUUGGAAGGAUGAUUACAGGCAGUGAUGUAUUUGGUUGGAAGGAUGAUUACAGGCAGUGUGUAUUUGGUUGGAAGGAUGAUUACAGGCAGUGAUAUAUUUGGGUGGAAUGCUCAUGUUAUGUAGAGUUAGAGUGUUGGCGCCUGCUCAUGUGAUGUAGAGAUAUAGAGUGUUUGCACAUGCUCAUUUCAUUUUUAUCAUGGGAAACAUGUAUGUUGUUAUUUUUAUUUUAUUACCUGUGCAAUAUUGUAAAACAAUAUGGAUUAAAUCCUGUUGUUUUGAAUAUGAUGUAUCGUUAGUGAACUAGAUAAUCUAUUAAUUUAUUUUUUAUCCUGUUUAUACCUGUUCAAAAGACCCUUUUCAUGUAAUUGUGAUAUAGGUACAUGUAGUAACAAAGUUGGGCAAGGAACCAGCUUAUAACUUCUCAGUAAUGCAUGUUAUUGCCAUAAAGAUUUGUGAUGGCCAUUACCAAGCACAAACAAGUCUUAUACUCUCUUACUUCUAUUUGUAUAUUUUCUAUGCCAUUCUUGAAUAUGUUGUAUUUUCCUGACUUUAUAUGUCUACAUAUGUAUCAGCUAACUAGUUAUGACACCUUUUCAGGCUUUUGUUUCCAAGUCAAUUAAAGGCUUUAGUUGACAUUGUAGCAUAAAUCAGAAUAAAUAAAUAAAAACAAA